CCUGGUCGGACUUCGGCGGCCGGUCGGCCGGAUUUGCUCGAGAUUUGAAAGAAAAAAAUAAAGUAAAAAUUUGUCGCGCACGCCCGGGCGCGCAGCGUUCCGUGAGAGGUUUCGCAAUGUUCGAAGGGCUAGCUUGCCGGCUUUUGUCGCCGCCUCUGGAAGCGUGCGCCAGCGUGCGCUUCGAGCGGCAUUGAGAAAGAGCAUGGCGGCGACGACGGCGGCGGUGUGGCGCCGGUGUUUCGCACGGUUGGCGUCCGCUGCCUGCGCUAGGAAGACGGCGUCCCAGCCGGACAGCGCCGUCCGGGCUGAGGAACUCUACGCGCAAGUCGUCGAGUACGCGGCAGGCCGGCCGCUAUCUCCGAAGGACUGGGCAUGUUUCGAGCAGCUACACAACCCGGCCAUGCGGCCUCCGUUUCGCAGCAAGCUCAUGAGCUGCCUGGCUGCAAGGAGAGACCACGCGAUGGCUCAUUCACUGCUUGAGUAUGCGGAAGGCGUCGCCGGAGGUGUGACUCGCAUGAUGCUCGCCCACUACCUGGCGCUCUGCUCGACCGAGCAGCAAGCGGACGCGUGUUUGCGCAGAAUCCUCGAGUCAAGUGGCGGCCUGCUGGACACUCAAACGCGGAACUUGGUGGUGAGGUCCCUGUGCCAAACCCCUCUCUGGAAAAGAGCCAUCGAGUUCCUCGACGAGCCUGAAGCCGCUCCAGAACCAGUCAACGUGGUGGCAGUUGCGGGCUUUCAGCACGACGACUUCUCCGUGGCUUGGGAGUGUCUCGAACGUCGAUUGGGUUCUCAACCUCUUCGCAUCUUUCCUUCCACAAUGGAGGCUUGCCUCGAAGCUGCUUGCAGAAUGGCGCAGAGUGGCCGUCCCGACGCGGGUCGCCAACUGGUCGAUCGGCUGCUGACGUACCUGGCUGCUGGUAGCCACGGCCCACUGUCCUCGUCACUUGCACUAAGCUUGUCCAGCUUUUACAACAAUUGGGACCCACCCGGCUGGAGUAAUGGUCCUGCCACUGUUUCCAGCAGGGACAGCGUCUGCAACCGGUGUGGCCGCCAGCUCGAGAUGUACCGACUAAGCAAUGCCGAGUGGGAGGAGCUGCGGCAAGGCGUCUUGGAACGAUGCCUGGAGGGCGACGACCCCUACCUGGGCAGCAACCCCCGGGAGCUGGCCAAGUUCAAGGAUUUUCUCGACCGUGCUCCCGCCUACGGAGUGGUAUUGGAUGGACUCAACGUAGCCCUCUCUGGCAAGGACAGGGCUCAGGAGUUGCUAAAGGCGGUGCGACAUUAUGCUGUGAAGGAGAACCGGGCCGUACUGCUAGUGGGCCGCAAGCACAUGCUUCAGUGGCCCGCAGACAUCAUGGACCAAGUUUGGAAGCACUGUCUCCGAUACCUGGCCAAUGACACGUCGCACGAUGACCCGUUUGUGCUGUAUGCAGCACUUCACGGGGGACCAGGCACGAUCGUCGUGUCACGCGACCUUAUGCGACAGCACCGGUUCCGCCUCAGCGAUCCGAGGCUCCAGGAGUUGUUCACGUCCUGGCGACACCUGCACCAGGUCGAAUGGAGGGGUGCACCCGUGUCCACAGCAGUCCCACACAAAGUGACGGUGCAGGGAAGCUCCACAAACGGCUGGCACGUACCGUACGCGGAGGAGAAUGGCACAGUCACGGCAGCGGCACAGUGGCUUUGCAUCACACCUGCAGCCGUUUUUCAACCUUGCAAGUCGAGUUAGAACUCUCCGUAGAACUCAGGUGCAUGCAUUGCACAAGAUGGAGCAGAUGUUGGUUAUCAGAGCUGGAGAUUAGUUUGAGAAUCUGAGCCCUCCGUGUGUCGUGGGUGUUUUGCCAUGGCCAGGCGUCUUGAGCACGAAAGUUCCGGCCAGCAAAUACCGUAGGUUCAAGCCUUAGCAAUGAGCAUAACUCAGCAGUAGAGGAGAAUUGAGAAACACUCAAGAUGGCGGGAGUUUCGCUAAUCAAUAAUACUGAAGCAUUAAGAAAUCAGGCAUGGCGCUGACGCAGAUAGAUCGUUGGUUAUCAGACUGGAGGUCAGUUUGGGCAUCUGCGCCGAGGAGAACAGAUCAAGUUGAUGUUCUGGCCAGCAAACAUGGUCGCUUUGGGCCUUUCAGUAGCAGUGAGCACAACCAAGCAGUGGAGGAGAAUUGAGGAUCACUCGGGAUGGGGGAGGAGGGAGUUUCGCAAAUCAGAAAUUUUAAGCGCUGAAAGAUCAAGCGGCACGCUGACGCAGAUAGAUCUUGGCGAAAACGGCACCGAAGACGAUGAGAACACCAACAAUGCCAAGCGCACCCAGGCGGUGUCCGUAGAUGAGGCACGAAAGCAACACCGCCACUGCUUGUCGCACCGUCAUGGCCACCACGAAAACGACGGGUCCGAACUGUGCGAUGGUGUGGAAGACAAAAAGCUGGCCCGUGGCGGAGCAGAUGGAGAGCAGCAGGCAGUCGUAGAAGAAGGCGUGGAAGCGGAACAUGAAGCGCAGCGACGCCGCGAGCGCCCCCUGUUGGAGCAGCGAUACGAACGUCAGCAGGCACGAGAAGAAGUUGACGCCACACAUCAUCUGGGCCGAGCUCAUCCGGUACGUGCGGAACAGCUCGGACUGCCAGUUAGAUGUGAAGCUGUCGAGCACAAGAUAACUGGCAAGGAUGAUCAGUCCGGAAAGGCUGCUGCUCGUCGGAGACGAGGAGGAGCCUCCAGUCGAUCGGGAGAGAAGAAACAGGCCCAUGCCGACUGAGAUGCCAAGGGCAAGCAGGUAUUCGUGCCAGUCGUAGCUCUUGCGAGACACCAGACGUCCCAUGAGCAUGACCGGUAUCACUUUGGACGCCUUGGCCAGCACCUGCAGGAAAGCACAAACGUGUUCUCAUGUGCGGAGAUAAUACAGCUGUUUUUACCAUUCAAGGCUAUCGGCCGUCCUUCAUCGUUUCUGAACUGCAGUCAACAAUUUUCGGAGGGGUGGGUUCAUAUGUAGGCAGUCCAUUCAGCAUCUACCAGUUAGUGAGGUCCAAGGCAACACUACAGCAGCAAUUGUCAUGCAAGUACCAAUUGGAUGUCCUUUCAUGCUGAACACCCUGAAGACAGAUACCACCUUACUGGUACUUACAUGACAACUGAUGCAGUAGUGUGGUUUCAGAGCUCACUAGUAGUCUCACCAGUAGUCGCUAACUAGCUCUUCUGUCGACUCGAUUUCAGUGCAAACAAGAGAGCAACUGGUGGCCUUGAAUGAUAUGCAAUGUUCACUUUCAUAUUUGUUGUUGCUUUGUUCAAGCUCCAAGUUUCAAUCCCUAACAAACCUUAGUUUUUGUUUUUGUUACUGGUACUAUGUAAAUAAAUAAGCCAGGCGCCUUCUC